AUGAAGGCCUCUGCACCAUACGCCCUUUGGCUCGUCCCUUACGCCGCGGCGUUUCCCCACUACACAAACUUGGUAGCGCGUGCCGUUGAGCGUGCCCCGUCCGGUUAUGACCGCUUUAGUGCUACUGGUCUCGUUAAGAAGCAUUUCGAAUGGAAGCCCCCGGGACCAGACGACCUCCGCGCCCCGUGCCCUGUCAUGAACACCCUUGCCAAUCAUGACUUUGUUCCCCACAACGGCCGCAACAUCACCCGCGACGUCUUUAUCGAAGCAACCAACAAAGCGAUCAACCUCGACCCAGCCUUCGGCGGCUCCAUCUUCGACGAUGGUCUCAAAGUCAACCCCAUUCCUAACGCUACGUUCUUCGACCUGGACAUGCUCCACACCCAUGGCAUCAUCGAACACGACGGCAGCCUGUCCCGCAGAGACACCUUCUUCGACCCCACGAACCCCUUUGACCCAAAAACAUUCGACAACUACCUCAGCUACUUCGGCAAUGAUACCACCAUCAAUCCGACUUCCCAAGCAAACGCCCGGGCAAGACAAGCCCUCGACAUGAGCGUCUUGCAUCCCGAGUUCGAGAUCACCCAAGCCGAAGUCCCUGUCAUCAUGGGUGAGAACGCAAUGCUGCUCAGCAUCUUCGGCAGCCCCCUUGAGAAACCUGUCGCCAGACGCGACUGGAUCGAGUUCUUCUUCCGCAAUGAGAAGUUUCCGGUCAUGAUGGGAUGGACUCCCCCUGCCAUCGCCAUCAACAUACCUACCGCGAGCGCGCUGAUACAAGAAAUGAUCGGGCUGAGCCCUCCGGACGUCCCUCUAACUUUCAGCCCGAGCACUGUCUAG